GGGGAGGAGGAGGAGGAGGGGCUCCGGUGAACGAAAAGGACGGCCAGGUGGCGGCUUGCUGCGCUGCUCUUUUCUUGCCAGGGUCUGGCGCUGGGCUGAUCCUUCGCUCAGUCUUCAUAUCCUGACGUGCAUGCAAAAUGACGGCUUGUAAAUGAAGAAAUCACCCGGAGGCACCUUGGACCACGGUCAAAGCCGGACGUCGACGCGGGUUUGCUGUGCGCGUGCUCGGCUCAUCGCUUCGCCUUUUCUGGCCAGACGCAAGACGCAGACGCUUUGAUAGCUGCGACCUGCCCUCCACACUACCUCGGUCCGCAACCCGCAGGAAGCAACUCGUCCCGGGCCUUGCAGACAUCACACAGGAAAAAAAAGGGCCCCAAUCAGGCCGCGCUCGGGACUUGUUCGCUCAGACGACCACAAAGCCUGCUCAUCACCAAAUGGCCUCGCCAAGUGACGUUGCCGCUGCAGCGGCCCAGGCCCUCGGCCCCGAUCAUCUGUCCUCCCACAAGGCCGCAAAGGGCUCCUGGGUCGCCGUCUCGCUCCAGCGGCUGGUCCAGCACAGACUCGGCAACUUCCCCCGCCAGGCCAACACGUUUGGGUGGGUUCGGAACAACAACAGCGGCGGCAAUAACAGCAGCAGGAACAGCAGCGCCAACGCCAGGGCUGCUGAGGAGAGCCUCCCAAACACGGUGUUGCCCGGGCCCCCAUACGAGCCAGCCCCGGACGCCGCUGCGCCAGGACCGCUGCACGGGCAGCCAGAGCUGCCUCGAGAAGAGGCGCCCAUCGCUCCACAAGUCCCUGAACAAUACCACGACCACGACCACGGUCAUCAAAACUACCAUAAUUACCACCGUCAGGCUUCCCGAGAGGAUGUGCCGGCGCCGAAGGAGGCUCUCGAUCGGCUCGACAACCCUGGGGACACGGCGGACUCGGCAGCGCACUCGCAACAGGCGGCAAAGGGCAGAAAGCACCAACUGGUCGUCUCGGACUCGGACAUCUGCCUCGAGGAGCACGACGUGGACGGCAUCACGUUGGGCGACAGCUCAGAGACCAAGGAGUUCAAGAUCCACCCGACCGUCUCCAAAAACAGCAGCCAGGGCAGCACCUCGUCGGGCUCUAAGUACGGUCGGCAUCGGAUCCCGCACAUCAGCCUCAAGUCGCUCGUCAACACGAGCUGGCUGCGGCAGCGGCGGCGCAAGGACACGCACCACUCGCCCUUCCCGGUGCUGACGGCCGAGAACGUCCAGGUCACCCACCACAUCACAGUCGAGUACCACCACCAGGCGCCACCGCACUCGCACCCCAUCACCCCCGACGGGCCCGACUGCCGCAUUACCGCCGAGUACCCGGACUACGUCACCCAUCAGGCCCUGUUCGGCGGCAGCUUCCCCCAUCCCACGGCCGAGGAGGAGGAGGAGGAGCAGGAGGAGGUAGAGGCAGAAGACGCGCCGCCGGGGCCCAUAGCCGCCGGCUUCCCCGGCCCGCCGCGCAGGGGACGCCCGAGGAAGACGUCGCUGACGCUGCUCUCGAGCUCCGACCACGAGCAGGAGGAGCCCGAGAGAGCCCACACGCCUCUGACCCCGCGGCCCCACCACAAGAGGCAGCAGCAGGCGGACGCAGCCGCGUCCAUCUUUUCCUCCCAGCAGCAGCCUUCCCCGGACUAUGACGAGGCGGCAGCCGACCCAGUCCAGUUCUUGAGGCAGUCGGAGAAGCUCCAGGAGGAGCGCCGGCGGAGCUACCAGGACUCAAAGUUCGGCAGCCUCCGGAGGGCCAAGCCCAACUCGGUCCGCUCGCGCACCGAGUCCCCCCACACGCGCGCCUAACCGCAGCUUGAGGCCGUCCCGCCCACGCCCGCGCUCGAGCUGUCGAGCCACCUGCUCGCUAACCAGGCCAAGGCCGGGGAGCUGGGGGCUGACAACCAUCACGAGCGACAAGAAGAAGAAGAAGAAGAAGAAGAGGA